AUUUUUACCUAAGUGGCAACCAAAAAAGAAACGAGCUGCCUUUUUUCGCACAUAAAAAUCAAUCGGAAAUAAAUAAAACUUGCUACAAUUGCAACAAUUAAAUAGAUAUAUAUGCAAAAGCUAAACAGCAACAAAAGUUGUUGUUGCUGCUGCUGCGCUGUCGCCGUGCGAACGAUCCUUGUUGGCUACGGGUCUUACAUGCGUGCCCGUGCUCUGGUGGCCAACUAAAUAAUGUGGAACAUGAUGUGCGACGUAAUGCCCACAAUAUCGGAAGACAGCAUAUCGCAGCGCUCCUCGCAGUUCAGCGGCGAAGAUGCGAACUUUGAGCAGCUGAUGGUGUCCAUGCUCGAUGAGCGGGACAAGCUAAUGGAUAGUUUGCGCGAGGCGCAGGAGCGUUUGGGCGAAACGGAGGUGAAGCUGCACGAAGUGGAAAAGGAGCGGGACAGUUUACAGCGUCAAAUCAAUGCCAAUCUGCCGCAGGAGUUCGCUACGCUCACCAAGGAGCUGACGCAAGCGCGCGAAACUCUGCUGGAACGUGAUGAAGAAAUCGGAGAGCUCAAAGCAGAGCGCAACAAUACGCGGCUGCUGCUGGAACAUUUGGAGUGCUUGGUGUCGCGUCAUGAGCGAUCGCUGCGCAUGACCGUCGUGAAGCGACAGGCGGCCGCGCAGAGCGGCGUCUCCAGCGAAGUAGAGGUGCUCAAAGCGCUCAAAUCUCUGUUCGAGCAUCACAAGGCUCUGGACGAGAAAGUGCGCGAACGUCUGCGUCUGUCCAUCGAGAAGAACAAUGCGCUGGAGGAAGAGCUGAAUACAACCAAAGAGGAGCUAAACCAAUAUAAAACUGGCGCGUUGCAAAGCGGUGGCGGUAUUAACUCUGGAAACGCAGCAACCGGAGAAAAUGGCAUCAAAGAGAAGCUGGCUGGCGGCAACGGCGGCGGGGUCAAUGGCGAUGCGAGCGAAAUAAACGAAUAUGCGGCCAAAACACACGAGCUACAAACGAUCAUCGAGAAGCAGACCUCUGAAUUGUCGCAAUGGCAGCGUCGCGUCUCCGAUCUGAACAAUAAGAUUAAUGAGCUGGAAGAGAAUCUGUCGCGUGUGCAAAAGGAGCAUUGCAAGGCGCAGGAUCAAUGCUCGAAGCUCCAGCGAGAUUUGCGCGAAAAUGUGGCACAAAAGGAAGAUCAGGAGGAGCGCAUAGCUACACUGGAGAAACGUUAUCUCAAUGCUCAACGGGAGUCCACCUCGCUGCACGAUCUGAACGAGAAACUGGAGCAGGAACUGCGGCACAAGGAGGCACAGCUAAAGCUGCACGAAGAGAAAAUCAGCGCCAUCGAAGAGAAACUCGAACUCUCAGAGCAAAAGCUAGCCCAACAUGCCAAACUGCAGCCGGAUAUGGAGGAGCAGCUAAAGGCGCGCAUGGAGGCAUUGACAAAGGUAGGAAAUAAGGCUCAAGAACGUCAUGGCUCGGCGGAGGAUCGCAUACGGGGCUUGGAAGCGAAUUUGGAUGAGAAGAACGCCGAGGUGGUAAGACUGAAUCAGCGUCUCAAAAUGAAUGAAGAGCACAAUUUGCGGUUGUCGUCGACGGUGGACAAGCUCCUGUCCGAGUCCAAUGAGCGACUGGAGGUGCAUCUGAAGGAGCGCAUGCGUGCGCUGGAUGAGAAGAAUGCGCUAACGCAGGAGCUAGAGAAGGCGCGCAAGGUGGCCGAGGAGCUGCACCAUGAGAAGAGCGAAAUCAUGAAGGAGCUGUCCAAGACGCGUCUCGAAAUCGAGAAUUUCAAACGUCAACUGCUCCAACAGGAGAUCGCCUACAAUAUUCAGCAGACGGAGGCACUGACUCGCAGCCUCUCGCCCAGCAGUGUGGUGGAUGGUGGGGGUAACGCCUUCACACGCAGCACAUCCCAUGCCAGCUUCGAGACGCAUUCGCUGCGGCGGUCGAGUAAAUCGCGCCUGUCCGAGGAGAAUGCUCUUGCCCGAUCGAUGGCCGAGCAGGAGUGGGAGAAGCUGCAAAUGCAGCAGGUGGCUCAUGCCCAGCAGCAGGCGUACGAGCUGGCGGCCAGUGUGGGCGAUUGCGAUGACAGCGAUGCGAUGUAUGCCGCAGCCACGGAUAUGAUGUCGCCCUCCGGCCAUACAGAUGCCCAAACGCUGGCCAUGAUGCUGCAAGAGCAGCUGGAUGCCAUCAAUAAUGAGAUUCGACUCAUCCAGGAGGAGAAACAAUCGACAGAGGCGCGCGCCGAAGAGCUGGAGUCGCGCGUCGGCAGUUUGGAGCAUGUGAAUCUAUUGGCACGCGGCCGUUCCAUGGACAGACAAAGUCCGCCCAUGAGCGGACGCAGUACGCCCAAUAGUCCACAGCGCGAUUUCAUGCAGAAAUACCAUACGCUUAACUUGCCAGUGCUGUCCAGCGAUGCAUCGCGGGAGGAGCUGCACGGCGGCAUGUCCACCACCGGUGAUUCGAGUUCAGGCGGCGCUGCCUCUCCAUUGACGGCACGUUCGAUGCGCUUGGAGCGCGUCGCCCAGGCGCUCGCCCAUAGCCAGGAGGAGCUGCGUCGCCGCACAAUGGUGCCCGCUGCCUCGCCGCAUGUGAAUGCUCACAUGACGUUGUCCUCGCACGGCUAUGGGCUGUCGCCGCUCAGCUCGCGCUAUGGCAGCCAAGAGUCACUGCGUCACUAUAAUACAAUGGGUUCCAUGUCCAUGCUGCAGACGCCGACGUCGGGCGUGUCGAGGGAAGCAGCUGCCGCCGCUGCUGUGCAAAAGAAGAAGGGCAUUAAGUCUUCGCUGGGUCGUUUCUUUAGCAAAAAGGAGAAGGUGAAGGGCGUCAAGGAUACGCUGCCAGAUGGUUCACCCAGCAUGAUGUCUAUAGGCAAUCUGUCGAUGGGCUUGAGCGAGGUGGAUUCCAACUACGAUGUCAUGAGCAUGACGGGCGGCAUGAUGCCGCGUAUAGCCAGCGCGCCAGGCUCGAAGAUCAGCAGCGUCGACUAUGGCAGGCAAAAGAAAGAUCACGAUUACCGCAACGAUCUACUGGGCGAGGCCAUGAAAGCGGGCACGCCAUUCGCCCUGUGGAACGGACCAACCAUUGUCGCCUGGCUGGAGCUGUGGGUGGGCAUGCCCGCCUGGUAUGUGGCUGCCUGUCGCGCCAAUGUCAAAUCGGGUGCUAUUAUGAGCGCACUUAGCGACACGGAGAUACAGCGGGAAAUAGGUAUUAGUAAUCCCUUACACAGGCUCAAACUACGUUUGGCCAUACAGGAAAUGGUUUCACUAACUUCACCCUCAGCUCCGCAAACAUCACGCACUACACUGGCGUUUGGGGACAUGAAUCACGAGUGGAUUGGCAACUACUGGCUGCCCGGGCUGGGGUUGCCUCAAUAUCGCACAACCUUUAUGGAGUGUCUAGUCGAUGCACGCAUGCUGGAUCAUUUGACCAAGAAAGAUUUGCGUGGCCAGUUAAAAAUGGUUGAUAGCUUUCAUCGCACCAGCCUGCAGUAUGGCAUCUCAAUGCUCAAGCGCUUGAACUAUGAUCGCACCGAGCUGGAGCACAGGCGCAAGAUGAGCGAGAAUGGCCUGUGCGAUGUGCUCGUGUGGAGCAAUGAGCGUGUCAUACGAUGGGUGAGCAGCAUAGGGUUGAAGGAAUAUGCCAAUAACUUGCUCGAAUCGGGCGUCCAUGGUGGUCUGAUGGCGCUGGAUGAGGGCUUCGAUGCCAAUGCCAUGGGCCUAGCUUUGCAAAUACCCACGCAAAAUGCACAGGCACGCCAAAUACUCGAUACAGAGUUCCGAAACUUGCUACAAAUUGCCACAGAUCGCAGGCCGGAUAGCGAACAGCGUAGCGCAUCCUGAUGCAGUUAUAGUCCGCCUACAACACCGGUGGAUGAGUAAAUCAAGUCUAAAAUGAAAUGCAACAAGCCAAGGGCAGCGCAACAGCCAAGCACAGCGCCAAUAUUUCCUAAAAUGUAUGGGAAGAAAAGGGAAAACCGAAAAACAACUAAGCCACAAAAUUCUAACAAGAAAGACGCAACGCAAGAGACUCCCAGGCUCAGAAUAAAUAUUGACUGGGCCCCCCACACAACAACAACAAUACGCAGCAUGAUGCACGUCUAAUCUAUUUAUAUAUACAAACAUAUAUAUAUAAAUUCACAGCCACACAUAUACAACCGGACACACAUAGUCAUAUAAUCCAUUACAAGACAAUGUAUACAAGACAUAGCACAUACUCUAUAUAGGAAAUACGUACUACGUACAUAAGAAGCGUGUAUGUAGACUAAUUAGCACGGGCGCCCUGCUAGCUGUAGGCAUGUACAAGUUUUAGAAGCUAAUCAUUUAUGAAUUAAUUAUAUAUUUAGAUAUGUAUAUAUGCAUAUGUAUAUAUAUGUAGAUAUAUAUAAAUAUUUUCUUUAAUUUUUUAACAAUGUGACAUAUAUGAUUUACAUAUUUUUAGUAUAAUUGGGCUUGCAAUAGACUAACAGUAUUUUGUUUUAGCUGCAGAAUAAAAAAAAAAAAUAUAUAUAUAUAUAUAUAUAUAUAUUAUAUAUUUACAGAGAUGCGUGCUUCGAACCAAAUUAGUAACCAAACUUGAUUGUUAUAUAAUAUUUUAAUGACAUUAUGUACAGUUUAUUUUAUUUUUUUUGUUUAACUCAAUUUUGUUUUUUAUUUUAUUUUUUUUAAUACUUUUACAUAAUAACGCUAUACAUAUGACAUUAUGGCAUGCUUUAAGUUUACUUUAUAUAUAACUUUUAUGGAAAGGCAAGGCGCUCCGAUUGAGUUUAAUUCAACUGAAGAGAACAACAUGCACAACAAUCAGGCAUAUAUAGUAAACAGCUGCAUAUAUAUAUACUAUAUAUAAAAAAUUUAUAUGUGUAUACAAAAAAAAAAAAAAAACAAGUACGGCUAGUUUAAUAUACAACACACAUAUAAAGCUCACUUAUACAUAUAUAUAUUUAUAUUUAUAUAAAUGUAUAAUUAACAUUAUCAAGCAUACGUGUAACUAACAAAGAAAGUAUUAUAGAGCAAAGUGAAGAAGGUGAAGAAGAUUGAAGUAAAAAGUCGCAAGCGCCCACAUUUAUUAACUAUUUACAUAUGGAAAACCGAAAAAUCGAAAUAGUUAAAAAAGCUUUAAAGGCAAGGAACCCCUAUAAGUCUACACCUAGUACUUAGCCUUUGUAUUAAUGAAUAAAAACUAAUAUACGAAAUACAAAUUAGGCAUGCUACAAAUUAAUAUUAAUAAAUAAUUUGCAACAAUUGUAAUUGGCAAAACUCGAAGCUCGAAUUGCAAUCCCAAUGUCUUGGCAUAAAUUUAUAAAUAUGACAUAUAUAUUCACAAAGCAUAUCCAUUGUUUUUCAAAACAAAACUUUCCCACUCCUUAAUUUUAUGUUGUUAAUUUAGUUUAUACAAAGACGAAGGCAACUAAAUAAAUGAAAUUAUGUUAUUUAGUGACUUUGUUUAUUCAUACUAACAUUUACACAAACACACACAUAUAUACACAUACACACACUAUGAUAAUAUUUGUAAAGUUCUUAUGUACUUAUAGACAUACAUCGGAUAUGUUGAAAGCACACAAACUGCCUGUUUUGCUAACAUAUUAUUAGUUUAAUGAAUAAGUUUUUAUUAAUUUGAACAACAACCAAAACUGCAACUAACGCUUUGUCUCUAAGUAUAUAAAACAAUAGCAAACUAUAACUUCAUUUUCUUCAACUGUAUUAGCAAAAUUAAACAAAA